AUGCAGGACGACCACAACAAGGAUAAAGAGAAGCGUUCGAAAUGGAAGAUCUUUAGCUCCUCAAAGGACAAAGACAAAGACAAAAGAAAAAGCCAAGACCUCCAAAUACCUCCAGCUGCAACAACAUCAGCUGCAGCAGCAGCGGAAGCAGCCGAGACUUCAGGAGAUUCGACGUAUGGAAGCAGUGAACCCAAUCACUCGCUCACCACAGAUGGCGGCGACUUGAACAACACAAGGAGCAAUGUCAACAGUACCGGAUUGAGCCCUGGCAAGACGCCAGACACUACAACGCCUACUCCCAACCCCAAUGCCAACUUCAACACCAACACUAACACCAACACCAAUUCCUGUCUCAACUCAGGCCCAGAGUCUUGGACUAGCCCGACCAUCAAGAGAGAAACAGUCACCAACCCAAAUACUGGGCAAACGAUAACAACUACAACUACUACUACAACUACCACCACCACUAUAACAAACUCAAAUGGCACAACUUCCACCAUCGAGGAACCUCAUCCCGUCAUGGAAUUGCCCACUGUCGCAAAUGAAGACGUCACCCCAGUUUCCCCGCAUCCGCCGCCACAGCAGCAACCAGCAGUCCCUCCUUCACUUCCUGAACCCCAAAACAACUCCCUGCAACCACAGUAUCAACCGCCUGUUGAACCGCCGGUCCCAAUUUCUGUGUCUGUGCCUCAGACAACACCCACGCCUGUGGAGCCAUCGCCAAUCACACCCACAGCCCGUCGCAAGAGUCUAGAAACACCAGGUCGACGAAUUAUUCCACCCCGCGAUCCUGUUCCUUCGCUAGCUUCAAUUCCUCCAUCAACCGCACCCUCAGUUGCAGACAAUCUCAGUUCACCAACAAUUCCCGAGCGGAAUGUCAGACGAUCGGCCGAGUUUGUACCCGCGCCGUUGCAGAUCGGCCAGGGCGCAUUUCCACCACCUCCACCUCCACAAGAUAAUAAAGCCGUCAAUUAUUCCCGGCCUGCUAGUAAAUCCACUUUUGCGAAUCUCAGGACCGCUGCGGCAGGUAUUCAUGGCGCUGGUGAAACACUCCGUGGAACAUUAAACUCGACCGUUGACAGACACUUUGGUGGCACCCCAGCAGCCAUCGAAAAGAACCAAGCAGCCAUCGAAGCAGGCCGUUACGAGAUCGACAAGGGAAAGUUUUACCACCCUAAUCAAUACCGUUUACAAAGACCACAUGACGACAACGGCCCUUCAAGCGACGCACCGCCCAUCCCAGACGCACAGUACGAUGACCCGCCAUUCAAUAUGGGCAACACAACAGGAAGUCCCGCCGUAAUAGACAGUGAUAGAGAUCGCCGUCGCAGCAGGCUGGGCAGUUUGUUUGGCAAAAGUAGCGUAAGGGCUUCAUCUCAGCCAGGUGCGGACCCCAUGACACCAAGAACUGAAAGGCAGAAGUUGAAGAAGAGAAGCAGUUCAGGACCAGGGACGCCAAAGUUAAGUGUUGUUGGAGAGCGAGUGAGUGAAUAA